UUAUUUACAGGUAUUAAAGUUUGAGAGGCAUUGUUAAAAAUGUUUUCUAUCAUUCAACGUAUUGCUUCAAAAGUGUUAUGGACAGAGUCUCCGAGUAUCAAUGAAGAAGAUGAUGCUGAGAGUUCUGAAAAUGAAGAAAUUAUUACUGAAAAAAGUUCAGAUAAUAAAGUUAUACUAAGCAGAGAAGUUUUGGAUUUUGUGAAUGAAUUAAGUCAAAUUCAACCAGAAGAAAGUGAAGUAACUGAAGAACCACAACUGAAUGUGAUUGAUCGUGAUAAAGGAUGUUUUUAUAAAACAGGCGUUGUUAGUAGAGUUACUGAACAAUUAAUUUUGAUUGAAAACAAGUAUACUUGUGAAGCAAAGUAUGUUGUUCCAACAAACUUAAAAGUUGGUGAUGAAGUUUAUUAUUUGGCCUACAAAGUUAAUGAAAAUGAAGAAUUGAAAGUGCGUAGAGUAGAACGUAGAGUAGAUAAGCUUUGGGAUGAAAGUGAUCAUAAUGACGAUGAUGAAAAUAACCAAAACUUUAGUACUCAGAUGUCAUCAUUAAAACGACAACCAAAUUGUUAUGAUGAUGAUGAUGUCAAUGAGAUUUUACCAUUGAAAUCACAUACUGACCAAGUUAUAGAAUCAAGAGAUAUUCAUCAAAGAACAGUUGUUACUAAAGUUAUUGGAAGAAAAGCUCGAGAAGUAUUUUUAGAAAAUGUAAAUAUUUCCGUUAAUUUAAAUAAUGCUCAUUGUGAUUUUAUACCCUAUAUUGGAGAUUGGGUGAAAUUAGAUUGUGUAGUUGAAGUGGAUGAAUCUAAUCCAAAUUUGGAAGGUGAAAUUAUGGAAAUAACUUCAAUGAAGCCCCAGAGACAAAUUAAUAAAGUAGGAAAAAUCACUGAAUAUGAUGAAUUCAAAGAAGUUGGAAGCGUUAAUAAAGAUAUUGUGUUUAAUAAAUCUAGUUGUGCUUCUGGGUAUUUACCAUUUAAAGAUGAUACAGUAAUUGUUCAAGCUAUUGAAAGUGAUCAAAGUAUUGGAAAACGCUGGAGAGCUUUGAAAGUAGUUCCCAUAGAAGAGCAAUCAUCAAAACAUAUUGUUCUGGAUGUUCAUCCACAAGUUCAAAUGCCAGAAGAACAACUUUUAGAGUUGAUCAAAGAUAAAGAAAGUGUUGAAAUUACCAAUGACAUAAACAUUACUUUAGAAGCCAAAGAAGAAAAGGAUUUUGAAGUUGUCAUAAGAAAUGAUUCAAACAUAAAAUUAAUGUUGCAAUCAUGUUCAUUUUCAAGAAAGAAGUAUCAAUCUCAAAUAAUGGUACUUUUUCCAAAAAAAGAAGAAUCACGCAUUCCCAUACAUCCAGGUACUCAAUUAACUUGUACAUUUCGCUGCAGAGGAAAAUUAGUUGGGGAUUCAGAAGAGAUUAUUAUUUUCAAAUUUCGUAAAUCUAGUCUAUACUUUCAAGUUGGACGAAUUGUAAAAAUCACAGUUAAGAGCAUUACUUCAGCUACUCAACAAGCUAAUAGUAAUGGACCAACUAAUCAACGAGAAGCACCCAAACAUUUAUCAAUUUUAGAGCUAGAAGAUAAUGGUGAAUAUAUCAAAGGAGUUAAACCAUACGCACCUGCAAAAUUUAUUACUAAUAAAACAAUUGUACCUAGAAUACCAAAAACUUUGUGGACAUUGAUAAAUACAAUAGAUAUUGAGAAUAAGUCACGUGUUGAAGCUCAAGGCUUUUUGGAAGAAGGUGUUCCAGUACUAAGCCAACCAUUGAGUUUUAAUAAUUAUAAAUUGCGCUUUGGCUAUUUAUUGUUUUUAGAACAAAUAGCAAUGGUGCAAGAUUUACGACGAUAUGAUAUGGCCUCAGCUAUUUUAAUAAGGAGUGGUGAAUAUUUAUCUUUGAAUGUUCCUGGUUUAGUUGAAAAACGACCUUCUCUUAUAGUUGGUGACAGAAUUAUAGUUUCAUUCAAAUGGUCUAGAAAAACUGAUAACCAAUACGAAGGUUACAUUCAUAAAAUACGUUCUUCUGACAUUUUUGUGAAAUUUGAUGAAAGUUUUCAUCAAACUUAUGGUGGUGAAGAUUGUGCUGUACACUUUAAGGGUUCAACUUCUGUUAUAAAUAGAUGCCAUACAGCACUUGGUGAAGUUGUUAAAAAACUUGGAGAACAAUUUUUAUUUCCUACAAGAGUAAUUGAAAAAGAACCACAGUAUAAUAUUAUUGAUGAACAUGAUAACAAAGAAAACAUAGAGCAUAAUACAAACGAAAAAGAUGAAGAUGAAAUUACAACUGAAAAUGCUAAUGAAAAAAUACUUGAUCUUAUGAAAAAUAAACGCAUUGAGUGGUUUAAUAAAAGUUUGAAUAUUUACCAAAAAGAAGCAGUUAAAAAUGUUUUGAAAGGAGUGGCUAGGCCUUUACCUUAUGUGAUUUUCGGACCACCAGGAACUGGGAAAACAAUUACACUUUGUGAAACUAUUUUACAAAUAACAUCUCUACUACCUGAUAGUCGAAUACUUAUUGCAACUCCUUCUAACAGUUCUGCCAAUUUAAUUGCUGAAAGAUUAUUAGAUAGUAAUGUUCUUAAACCAGGAGAUUUGGUACGAUUGAUAGCUUUUUCUUACUUAAAUAGUGAUUCAGUACCAGAAAAACUCUUACCUUAUUGUGUAACAGCUGAUAUAGCUGCUGAAGGUAGCCGAAUUCAUGUGAACAUUGAUGAUCCACGUGGUUGUAAGACGAAUGUCACCUUGAGUGUACUUGUUCGCUAUCAAAUUAUAAUAGGAACAUGUUCAGCAUUGGGCAUUAUAUAUAAUAUGGGUGUCAGUCCAGGGCAUUUUACUCAUGUUUUGAUAGAUGAAGCUGGUCAAGCAAGUGAGCCUGAAAUUAUGAUUCCAUUGAGUCUGGUUCAUGCUGAAUCUACGCAGGUGAUUUUAGCAGGUGAUCCCAAACAAUUGGGUCCUGUCAAUCAGAGUCGUUUAGCAUCAUAUUUUGGUCUCAGUGAGAGUUUCCUUGUUAGAUUAUUACAACAAUUCCCUUACAAACGAGAUGAACAGGGUUUUGAAUUCGGAUAUGAUCCUCGAUUGAUAACCAAAUUGAGAAUGAAUUACAGAAGUCUUCCAGGCUUAUUAGAACUACCUAAUAGACUAUUUUAUGAAGCUGAGUUGAUCCCAAUGGUUCAUCCUGAGGAGAGCGAAGAAGCCUUGCUAUUGGAGUCCUUAUCAGACAUGUUACCCCAAGGCAGACUUGGAAGUCCUCCUGCUAUAGUAUUUCAUGGCAUUGAUGGGAAAAAUGAACAAGAUACUGAAAGUCCUAGCUGGUAUAACCCACAAGAAGCAACACAAGUAUAUAUUUAUUUAAUGGAAUUAUAUAAUAAGGGUAUAAAACCUGAAGACAUUGGUAUAAUUACACCCUACACUAAGCAGGUUCAUCAUAUUAGGUCUCUUCUAUCAGAACUAGAUACUGAAAUUCCAAAAGUUGGAAGCGUUGAAGAAUUUCAAGGACAAGAAAGAAAGAUUAUUAUAUUGUCUGUUGUUAGGACUUCUGAUGCUGAAGUGGGAGUAGAUGUACGUCAUGCUCUAGGAUUUAUUUCAUCAACUGAACGACUCAAUGUCGCUAUUACAAGAGCUCGGAGUUUACUGAUAAUUGUUGGAUGUCCUAGACUUUUGAAAAAAGACAUUCAUUGGAGAAGUGUUCUGGAGUACUGCAUUACUUCAAGGGCUUACAUAGGAGUAGACUAUUAGAGAAAAAACUAAACGCGCUUGCAGAAGUUUCACUUCAAAAUUGCAAUAAUUGCAAUAUUUGCAAUAUAUUUUAGAUUAUUUGAAAAAUAUUUGU